AUGGGCAAUAACCCUUCCAAAGGCCCGGUGAGCGACGCGCCGCCGGCCCAUGCCCACCACGGCUCUACAAGUGACCGAAAAGUCGCCCGUCGAUCCUCCCUUAAUGCGAUCUCAGCGCCCAAGGCCCCCGUGGCCGACCCUUCAGCCACAAAGGAGACAGCCGCUGGGCAAUCGGCAGGAUACCAAGGAUCCGUGCAGGAGCGCCUACAAUCGCGAAAUAUCCCUGAAUCUUUACCCAAGAGCACAGAGAAAACUCCGCAACACGAUGCACGUCGAGUUGAGCCCUCCCCGAUCAAGGACAUCCCAACUCGCGACCACUCCAACCCGGUUCAGGUCCCGACCUCGCGCCAUGCCCCGGGCCGCGAUCCUGUGGCACCAUCGGCCCCGCCCGUCAACUCGUACUAUAGCGCAUCGGCUCACCUACAACGCCCGCCGCGCUUGCCAUUGCCGAUUGGUGAUGCGAACACUACGCCCGGCUCGCCUGUCGCCGGCCCUGAGGACUCGCAUAUCCAGUCGCUCCCCGCAGAUCGGCUCUUGGAUGAACAGAUGGGCUUAAAUACUGCGGCUUCAGGUAAUACAACCAUUGACGAGGAGGAGUUGCUUGAUGAGCUCCAACCAUACACCAUCAGUGGCGCCGGCAAGGCCGUCCCGGUCGUUAUCGAAUGGACAGCGCCUGCUACGAAAGUCUAUGUUACUGGAACUUUUGUUAACUGGGAGAAGAAGUUCCGCCUGCACAGAAGCGAAAAUAAUCCCUCUGUUAUGUCCACUACUCUGAACCUUCGCCCUGGCACGCAUCACUUGAAAUUCAUUGUCGAUGGAGAAAUGCGCGCUGCAGAUAGUCUUCCUACUGCGGUCGACUUCACUAAUCAUCUGGUCAAUUACAUUGAAAUCAGUGCAGAUGAUGCUCAUGAUAAGGAUUCGGCUGUUCAGCCAGGAACUCAUACUCCACACACGGUGCCGGAUUCCUCUAAGCAGGAUCACCCAGGGGAUAACGAGGGACACCCUCUUGAACAGGAAGAAGGGGAGGAAGAGGUACCGUCCGGUGAUUUCGGUGAUGCCAUUCCUCAAUUCCUCGCCGAUCUGGAUAAGGAAGAAGAUAGCCCGGCCUAUGUCCAGGCCGCCAAUGUCAUUGGAGAUACAGCUACGCCUCCCAGUCUGCCUCUCUUCUUGGGCAAGUCAAUUCUCAACGGAACCACUCCCAUGAAAGACGACAGCAGUGUUUUGAACUACCCGAACCACACCGUUUUGAACCACCUCGCCACAAGCAGUAUCAAGAACGGUGUCCUGGCUACAAGUGUGACAACCAGGUAUAAAAGAAAAUAUGUCACUACAAUCUUGUACAAACCAACUGGCGAUAUCACAGAAUGA